AUGAGUAUAGCCUCUCUCAUGAAGUUGCUCCUACUCAUGGCAGUUGGGACACUGCUGCUGCCAACCGUGCACGGCACCAACUGCAACCCUCGUCCUGUUCGUCUCUCUAUCCAGAAUGUUACCAUUUCAAAUGGCAAGAUCCGCCGUGGCGUAUCGAUUCAAGUCGGAACGCCUCCCCAGACACUUGCUUUCCAGCCAAGAUGGAACAACAACAACACUUAUGUCUUUGGGCCCCAGUGCCUGUAUGAGGACUUUAUUCACACGCCCGAUGCCUGUGCUACGUUUCGCGGUGGACUGUUCGACCCGAGCAAGUCCAAAUCUGGUGGAUCGACCAACCAGAGCUUUGUGCCCCCCAAAGACCCGUUUACCAGUGACUCGUACGCGUACUUUACAGAUCUGCUCCAGUUGGACAACAAUGUGUCACUUGGCGACUUCCCGAUCGGACGGGCUACCAACUCUUCGAACUGGGGCCUACAAGCGUACGAUCCGCUCAACAUCAUCGGAAUGUCGUCCGGAUCACUAUUUCUUGACACACUGUACCAAACUGGCAAAAUUUCUUCGCGGUCAUUCGGCUAUUUCUGGGGCCUCGAGGGCACUUCUCCCCGGGACCAGCUUGACGGGUCGUUUGUUAUUGGUGGAUACGACAAAGCGAAGACUAUCGGCACGGCAUACACUGGCACCAUCUCCGUGCAGGCAAACUGCCCGACUGGCAUGAUUGUCACCAUUCGCGACAUCUUGCUCAACUUCCGCAACGGCACAGACAAGUCAAUUUUCCCCUCUGAUAACGGCGGGACUGCUCUACUGGCCUGUGUUUAUCCCGAAUUGCCAUCAUUGAUGGAUAUGCCUCGCACACCACAUUUUAGCAACCUACUGGCCGCAACUGAGCUAGUAGAAGGGAAACGAUCCACAGGUAUUCAUUGGUGGAAUGGUCUCGUUAACAUUGCUGACAAGAAGAACAGAUAUGAUGGCGAUAUGACGAUCCAAUUUGAGGGGGGCCUGAAGAUAGCAGUCCCUAAUCGCCUACUCAUCGUUCCAGAAACAAAGAUAGUAGAUUCUGGCGAUAUCGUUGCCAACAGCUCCUCUCAGGUGAUCCUCAUCAAUUCGCUUCAGGAUGUUAACUCCAAAAGUAUGCCGAGGCUAGGAAGGGAUUUUUUGUCGUUGGCUUACUUGCAGAGCAAUCAAGACUCUGGCCAGUUUUCCAUAUGGCAAGUAAACCCAACCCCAAACGAAGAUCUAGUGGCGGUGGAUGAGAAGAAUGCGCUGGUGCAAGGCGGACAAGCGUGUCCCACCGGAGCGGCAACACCUCCUUCGUCGCAGCCCACGUCGCAGCCGCAGCAAGGCGGGGAGAACAAGGAAAUUCUGUCGACAGCUGCGAUAGCCGGAAUCGUGGUUGGCGCUGUUGCUGUCCUCGCAUUCCUUGGAGGCUUGAUCUGGUUCCUGCUACGAAAAAAGAAGACAAGGGCGGCGGCGGCGGCGGCGGCGGCGACGGCGGAAGCGGACGCCCAGAGGAAGGCUGCACGUGAUUUGGCCGAAGAGAACAAGCCUUCUACUGCCGCGGAUUAUUAUCCCAGCCAAGGCAUCCCUCACUAUAUCCCGCAGGAACUUCCCGUGCAGACACGCGAACGUACUCCUGUCGAGUUGGCGGGCGUCCGGACACGCGAACCUACUCCCGUCGAGUUGGCGGUUUAA